AUGGGGCCUCUCUCUGACUCCGACAGCGACAUGCAGGAGUUCGAUGCCUGCCGGAAGAAGGCCUUGGCGGCCGCUGCACGACGCCAGGGAUCUUUCGCGCAGUCCUUCCAGGCGAAGGAGACGUCCCGUCCGUCUGUGAAGAAGACCCAGCUCCCUCCUCCAACCAGGACUACUGGACGACAGCUGUGGGCAGACAUCGCCACAGAUGAUGAGGACGGCUUCCCACGCUGGCACAGCCCAAAGCAGUCGGCCGAGGUCAUGAAGCCUUUGCCUUUGCCCACACCUGUGCCUGCCACCAUGGACGACGAAGGAUUGUCCUGGGAUCCCAUUGGCCUGGGCUCCCUGGAGACCUGUGUCGCUGAUUUGCUUUGGAACAAGAUGAACGUGAACAAGCCCGACACUUCUGCAAGCUCGCCAGGCUACGACAAAUGGUCCUGGAGCACCACAGCCACGUCAGCGGACGCCGACGUGCAGGAUGAGGACCUGUCUCCGUCUUCGCAGUCACAGGCUCCGCUCAGCAUCAGCUCGGAAGAGAGCACUGCGCAGAUUGGCGUUCUCUCCUCCACGGAUGAGUCGGAAACGCACAAGUCCGUUCCAAUGCCGACCAUGAUGCAGGAGCCCUUAAAAGAGGCUGGGCAACGCACACCAGCUGCCCUUGUGAUGCCUGUACCCCAGGUGCAACAGACUGUGAUGGUAGCAGUGCCGGCGAUGCAUGCUGCAGUGCCUGCACUGCCUGGAGUGGCUGCACUGGCUGGAGUGCCGCCGAUGCCGUGCAUGCCGUUCGGCAUGGGCAUGCUGCCCUACAUCAUGUCCUCGUCGCAUGGGCUCCCGACUGGAUUCCAGCAUGGACCUCCCCGGCAAGCAAACGCCCAGCGGAGCUGGGAGAAUGAGGAAGUCGUGCGUCCCGCUGUGAUGCCCUGCCCGGGAUUCGGAGGACCGCCUGUGGGCCGAUCGCAUCGAUUCCACCAGAAGAACGUCACCAUGGGAGUGAUGAGCGAUGACGCCCGGACCUUCACGAAGCGGUACAACAAGGGCAGACUGAGCAUCGUCUGCGAGAACAAGGUCCACUUCCAGGGAACUGUGCGCUACGCAGUUCAGUUCACGGAUGGGGAGCUGUGCAGUGCGGAUGGGGUCGGCUUCAUCCUCUCCUCUGAUAUUCCUUGCACCAAGAACAUUCAGAAGAUCGUGUCGAUCUUUGCCAACAGAACCGGCCGUAUCUGCAUCCGGGUCCAUGACGAAGUCGAGCGAUGCCCGCAACGAGUGAAGUGCUUGGAAGUGGGGGAUUGGCUGGAGGUACAUGCAGAUCUCACCCAGCAGAUUGUCAACUUCACCGUCUGGCCCAAGGACGGCUCUGAGCCCUCGUUCACCACUGUCUCCUUCAAGGAAACCUUGAACCAGGUGGGAAGGAUUGGGAGCGGCUGA